GCUGAGCGGCGGGCCGGGCGGGCAGACGGGCAGACGCGCUGGGAGGCUGGGAAGGAGAGCCACGGGCUGAGCGCAGCUGAGUCGAGCCUAGCCCGAUCCCGAUCCCGAUCCCGAUCCCCAGUCCGAGCCUGAGCCUGAGCCCGAGCAGCGGCCCCCGCGCCCUGCCUGGGGAUGCGGAGCUGAGCCUACCCGUCCGGUCCCGUCCGGUUCAGUCGCGUCCAGUCCCGUCCCGGCCAUUGCCGCCGCCUACGAGCAGCUCUCCGGGAUUGCAGCAGGUGUAGAAGCCAGGAUGAGCGGGCUUUUGAAGAGGAAGUUUGACCAGCUGGAUGAUGAUACCUCUGCCUCCUCCGCCUCGUCGUCCUUCUCUCGCUCUUGCUCGCCGACCUCGUCCUCCGAAUCCUCGGGCUGGGACUCUGAUGAGGAGUUCCACCCGGCUGCCUUUGGGCCCAGGGACCUCAUCACUCCAUCCAUCCUGAAGAAGACCCGGCGCUCUGCAGGGAGCGUGAACUUUGCUGGGGUCACUGUCUUCUACUUCCCAAGAUGCCAGGGCUUCACCAGCGUGCCCAGCCGAGGGGGCUGCACCCUGGGCAUGGUGAGGCGGCACCACGCCUGCUGCCACUUCACGCUGGAAGAGUUUGCACAGGAGCAGUCCCACUCACGAAAGGAGAAGCUCCGAAUGAGACUGAGGGAGGAGAAGCUGGAGGCCCUGAAGUGGAAGCUCAAGGCCAGCGGGGUGCAGGAGCCGGAGGAGAUGCACCAGCUGCCCGUGGAGGAGGCCGACGUGGAGGUGACGGAUGAAGAGCUGGACAGUGGCGCCUUCCUGCAGCCCUACUCGGCCCGACAGCGGCGCAGACUGCUGCGGGCCGUGGGUGUGAGGCGGAUUGACCGAGAGGAGAAGCAGGAGCUGCAGGCCAUCCGACUGUCUCGGGAGGACUGUGGCUGCAAGUGUCAGGAUGUGUGUGACCCCGAGACCUGUGGCUGUAGUGUGGCUGGGGUCAAGUGCCAGAUGGACCACACGUCCUUCCCCUGCGGCUGUACCAAGGAUGGCUGUGGGAACCCGGAGGGCAGGGUAGAGUUUAACCAGGCACGGGUGCAGACACACUCCCUGCACACCCUCACCAGGCUGGAACUUGAGAGUCGACAGGAGAGCUCGCAGUCCGAGGCUGAGUUGCUGCAGGACAGUUCUGCUGCUGCCUUUGCCUGCCUGGAGGACGAGGCUGGGCCCCUGGGGCCUCCCCCACCAACCCCGACUUUUCCAUUCCCUCUGGGCAUGGAGAUUCUGGGUGACAGCAGUUGUAGCAGUGACACGACCGACUCCUCAGCGUCCUCAGUCCCCAGUGAGGACCCCUCUGAGGGGAGGCCCUACGGAGGAGCCAUCCCCUCUGACAAGCCUCCAUCUGACCUGGAUGAUGAUGGCCUGGCCCGGAUCCUGCAUUUCAGUGAUUCCAAUGCCCUGGAGGAGGACGAUGAGGAGGAGGGGGCACGGCAAGGGGGCGUCCCCCCUGGCAUUGCCCAUUGCCAGGAUGACCCGGGCAGCUUCCCCUCCAUGGACCUCUUUGGCACAGCAGCUGCCGGCUGCCCCAGCCACAUGGCCAGCAUCGUCUCUGACUGCCUGGAUGAGAAUGCCAACCAGGAUGCCCUCUGCUACCUGGACGGCCUCCCCACCCAGCCGGCCGCAGGCGCUGGCUCCUGCUGUCCCCUCCCUCCCUCCACAGACCUGAGCCUGUCCUCUUCUGAUUCCCUGGAUCUUUUCCAGUCCUUCUCUGACUACAGCCUGGGCCCCUUCUAUCCCUCGCCCAAGGACUCGGAGAGUGGGGACAACCUGUCUGUGCCGCAGCCUGCCUUCUCCCCCACCAGUGACCCCACCGCCUGCUUCCUGGAGUCCCUCAUUGGCCUCUCGGAAUCGGUCCCGGAGAUGCCCGCCCCCUUCUCGGACAACCAGCUGCUGGAGGAUGCCAUUAAGUCAUCCCUCAUGGAAAUGGUGAAGGUCUAAGAGCGACCACGUGGAGGGACGGCGUUGUCACUCAGGGACUAAUGGAGUUCUGGCGGAGCUGAGCCAACUGUGCGUCUGUAGCUUGGCUGAAUGGUCUGCACCCAAGUCCCUACGGGCUGUUGGUGUGAUCCUGCAAGGCCAAUGAGGCACACCUCUUAACCUAUUUAUUGCAAACUGAAGGGACGGGAGUGGUCACUGGAGCCUAAAAUAAUAUAAGUCUUAUUUAAACUGAUCAUAUGUACCUCAGAUGUAUUAGGUGGACACGAUGGUCCCAUUAUUUUUUUAUUAUAAUACAUCUGAAUUUAUUAUUUUUUCCUUACUCUCUGUACAGAGGAGAGCAUUGGAGGUACAGCGGGAGGACCCUGACUGCUAAGAGCCCCUUGUCUGAGACUCUGCGCCUCCUCAGUCCCCUCCAUCCACUGGUUUUUAGGCAAGAAAAGGCCUUGAUUUUGUUAAACACUUUGUCAGCUUUGCUGCCCCCAUUUUAAAAAUGGAGACUCGGAAAACUGCUGGGGCUGAAUCAGCUGCUUCUUCAGCCAGAUCACCUAGCCACCUUGCUUUCAGCAGGGCGGUCAUCAUCAUCAUCAGGGCCUUCGCAAGGUCACGGGCACCGUGUAGGGGCUGCGCACAUAGGAUGGCUGAAGGGCUUGUGACUCCUUUGGAAACUGAGUAAAGCUGUACAAAGCCUCUGUAAGUUAUUUCCUGUAAUUUAUUUAGAAAUUGAUGAGGAUUUGGCCCCGAGCCCCGAGGUGAUCGGCUUGUACGGGGCUUGCCAGUGUCCGUCUGUCCUGCCAUCUCCUGUCAAGAGCUGGGUUGGUCCAGAGAAUCCAGAAUCUGGAGGAGCUGUUGUGCCAGGGAUGGGGACCUUCUGGGUUCCUGGGUGGCUGUGCUGCCCAGCCUCGGUGGGCAGUCUGUGCACAUGUUUCAUGUACGUGCUUGUAUGUUCUGAUCAGGGCCAGCCUUGAAAGGAAACGAGCCUGGACCCUCCCUCUGCCCCCACAAAUCCCUACCCUAGCCAAGAAGGAGAAGUCAUUGCUGAGUGAGCCAUGGGAGGCCCUGUCCAGAGAUCAUCCCCAUUGGAUUGGUUUCCUUCCCACUGAGCCCCCUGAGUCCUGUGUUCCAAACAUCCUUUUCUCUGUCCUUCCUUGGCCCACCAGCAAUGUGACAAGGGGACAGAGAAAGAAGAGGAACCUAGGGGGUCUGCUUUGUGGACAAGGGACUGACCUGUGCAUGGAUCAGCUGGCCUAGAGUGGUGACUGGCCCGGCCUUCCCCAGCCAACCCUUACACCCCACCCCACCCUGGUAGAUUUUAUGUGAUUUUCAAAAUGUAAAGUAAACAUUUUCCAGGCUGUAGCUCAUUUUUUCUGUUUGCCAAAAAUCGAUGUUUCCUUCCUUGGUUGGGUCCUCAGCAAUAGAUGGAAUGGGGAGUGUUCUGACCCUGCCCCAAAGGGGUUCUUGGGAAUCAGGAUCACUUGGGUUCAGCUAUCCCUUGUAUAUAUAUAUAUGUCAUGAUUAUUUUGCUUAAAGGUACAAGUAAAGAAAAUGCUUUAUUUUUAACAA